AUGAAAUGCUCAUGCCUGACAGUUUGUAAUUACAAAUUGAGGAGAAAAUUGAAAAAGGCAAUUAACAGAGCCAUGAGUCUCUUGGACGAUAACAACUGUCAUAGCACUCUACUACAUGUCUUAUCAUCCCCAAAUAACAAGAAUAAUAUUAAUAAUAAUUCAAAAUGUAGGGAUGGGCAAAGAUGUUUUUUGAAGAAAUUGAACUACCAAAAUGAUAUUGUUUGCCCUUCUGAUGACAAUUUUUCAUGCUUUGCUAAGGGCAGAGAAUACGGAAGUUCGUCUAUCACGCACCAGUAUACCGAGCAAGAACGUGAGAUGUUGGCUGAUUAUGAAAGUCUUGAGUAUCUACCAUACCAUAGCUACGUUUAUAGAGAGUGGACCAGAAACCACCCAGCACAGUAG